AGGCGUGCUGGAGGAAAAUCUCGACGUGAAAUAAAAACAUAAAGGCGAAAACUGAACAGUUUGUAUAUCUGUAUCAGUAUGACGUACGUUAUAAGUGCAAGUUAUGGGAGUUAGUUAGCCGGCUAACACGUGGGGGUUCGUGCAAUAUUGCGUCAAACUAGAUCGGCUGGUGUAACCCGUGGAGUCCAUUCCAGUGGGGUUUUAGCUAGCUAGCUACACCACAACAAAGCUGUGAUUGGUUUUAGGCACUGAUCUCAUACGAACAGGUGAUACGCAGACACGGGCGGCUGUGCUUCUUCGAAUCAAAUGGGGUGGAUGACCAGCUAUGAAGUGAAUACAAUCUCUACGUUCAUAUUUUGAUAUUCUUUUUCUUUUCGACUGAACUCAACCGAAGUUGAUGUGGCAAGAUCUGGCGAGUUUUAUUUUCUUCCCCCAUACACUAGUUAGCUAUCCAGCAGCUAGUUAGCUUGCAGUGGAAAUGAGAACAGCCCUGCAACUUGUGCCAGUGGUCAGACAUUGAAUUAUUUUUUGCGACAGUUCACAGAAUUCAGUUCCUCUUUUUAGGGCGAUCUUGCUUUUUUGGAGGCCUUUUAUGCAGUCACACAAUUAUGGAGCACACGGGCUGCGUCAAUAUAUGUAGUCUCACCAGCACUCUGCCCGUGAUUCCGUACCAGAAGCUCACGGACCUGCAUUACCUGAGCCGGGGAGGUUUCGGCACCGUGUUUCGGGCGCAACAUUCAGACUGGCGGACUACCGUUGCCAUCAAGUGUCUAAAAUUGGAUUCUCCCGUCGGCGAAAGGGAGAGGAACUGCCUGCUAAAAGAAGCUGAGGUCCUUCACAAGGCCAGAUUCAACUACAUCAUCCAGAUCUUUGGUGUGUGCAAUGAGCCAGAAUUCUUCUGCAUCGUGACAGAAUACAUGAGCAAUGGAUCUCUGGACCAGCUGCUCCAUGAGAAGGACCUGUACCCUCUUCUUGCCUGGCCCCUGCGGCUACGUGUGCUGUAUGAAAUCGCCCUGGGCGUCAACUUCCUGCACAACAUGACCCCUCCCCUCUUGCACCACGACCUGAAGACACAGAACAUCCUGCUAGAUGCCGAGUUCCAUGUCAAGAUAGCGGACUUUGGCCUCUCCAAGUGGCGGCAGCUGUCCAUCAGCAAGGCGUCGGGGUCCAAACCCCCGGAGAUGGGGGGAACCGUCAUCUACAUGCCCCCCGAGGAGUAUGAGCCCUCCAAGACCCGGCGGGCGGACGUCAAACACGACAUGUACAGUUAUGCAAUCAUUAUGUGGGAAGUUCUCUCAAGAAGGAUUCCAUUUGAAGAGGCCACGAAUCCCAUGCAGAUCAUGUUCAGCGUUCUGCGGGGGAACCGGCCCGACACGGGCCUGGACAGCUUGCCCGCCGACAUCCCCUGCCGGGACACGCUUAUUGAUCUCAUGACCCUCGGCUGGACCUCCAACCCGGAUGAGCGACCCUCCUUCCUCAAGUGUCUAAUAGAGCUGGAGCCCAUGCUACGCAGGUUUGACGAGAUUGAAGUCUUGGAAGCCGUGCUGGAAGUGAAGAGAGCCAAGCUGCUGAGUCGGACAGGUUUUACCCCAGCAGCCUCUGCGUGUCAGAUGAAGAGGGAGGAGAAGACUCUGAACACCAUGAAAGAGAGUAGCACUCCCUGGCAGGAUACAAGCUCGGCCUCUGGUUCCUGCUCCUCCCAGGAAGCUGAAAUCUCGCAGCCUGGGUUUCUUACUCUCAGCAGUGUGCCGUCCUCCAAAGAUGGACAGCAUUGUUCUCCAGACCCCUACUCAAAGCCUGUGGAUCCCCAGCAGAAACUCUACAGCAACAGGACAGAUGCCACCCAGCCGUCGUUCCUGACAAACCCUCUGCAGGACCUCCCAAAGUCCCUGGUGGACCCUGGUUUUGUAAGUUUAGAGGACAACUUGGACGGGUAUGGCCAGACGGCGCGGCCCAUGUCCGAUCUCAACAUCCCCUUCAAGAAGGCCAUCCCAGAGGAGAGUGUGUGUGAGAAGCUGAGCUGCAUCACCCUGCAGCCACGCCCCCCAGCCGUGGCCCCGGCCUUCGCCCCACCCCCGGCGCCGGGCCCAGCGGCGCAGUGGAUCCAGGCGCGGCGGGAGGAGAUCGUGCGGCAGAUGACGGAGGCCUGCCUGAACCAGAGCCUGGACGCGCUGCUGGCCCGCGACCUGCUGAUGCGCGAGGACUACGAGCUGGUGUCCAACCGGCCCAUCCGCACCGCCAGGGUGCGGCAGCUGCUGGACACCUGCGACAAGCAGAGCGAGGACUUCUGCCGGGUCAUCAUCUACAAGCUGCAGGAGAACAAGCAGAUGGGCCUGCAGCCUUACCCCGAGCUCUCGCCCCUCCCCUCCCAGACCCCCACCCCCUCCGCGCCCUCUGUGGCCUCUUACAUCAACAGCAACCGCAACGUUUUCUAAACCCUACGUGCGGAGGAUGGGCGAGGGGGUGGGGGUGGGGAAUCCGCCACACGGUUCACACUUCACCCAAGGUCUCCCCCCUGUCCUGAUGGCUGGAGAGGGAGUGGGGAGGGGUGGUUGUAUGUGCAGUCCGGAUUGGUUUCUCCAAACACCCACGCUGAAACCCGCAAAUAAGGACAGACUGCAGACGGGAAAGGACCAGGGACUGCUGUGACCAUAACAGGGCCGGAGAGGAGUGUUCUUCAUUCAAUUAUUUAUUUUUUUGUUCCUCAUUGGAUGUCAUUGGUAUAGCCCCGCUGCGGUCCUGUUGUGGUCAUAAGCAUGAACCUGCCAGCAACGGGACCCUUCACCUCUAGAAAUUGAGGAGGGGGUUGUGGGUGGGUUAGGGUUGUGGAGGUCAUUUUUUCAUAAUGCCACCUCAGAAGAUAACAUCUGAAUGCUUGUCAGAGAUACGUCGCUCUUGGCCUGCUAUCCUGUGACCUUUGACCUGAACUCAGGCUCCUGCAGGUGUUUUGCACUCAUCAAACGCGAAAUAGUCCAUCAGAUCGUUCAUCGGAGGACAACAUAAGAGACUGAGAGACUCUUGACGGAAUCCCAGCACUCCCAAAAUAGCAGCCAUUUUUAUCCCAGCUGUCUUUUCUGUGAGCGCCCACAUUGCUUUGCAGACAAAUGUAGAGAUAACAAAGGUGGUGGUACUAACAAGGUUGGCUGAGCAAGCGGGUUUGAAUAGGACACAGGAGGUGGGUUUGAAUAUCAGGGCAGUGUGUCUGUGAGGAAUUUCCUCUGGGUGUACACCAGAACAUCUUGGACAAGCUUGGCUUUUGGAUUCGAACAGUGAAACGUGAUGGUGAAAUAAGAUUGGAAUGUGAAUUAGGAGAAGUGCUUUGAUGUGUCUGUGUCUUAGAUAGGAUGCUUUUUUCACACAAUCCAUUUAUACAGCUGGAUAUUUAUUGAAAACCAACAUUUGCUCAAUGGUACAGUGGCAGUGGAUUUGAAUAUGGAGGUCCACUUCCCUAAUCAGUGCUCCCCUCAGUUGUCAGCAUGUUAAGAAGUAUCUUGACAUAGUUGGAUCAUGUCUGCCAUUGCCAGAAGUGCUCACAUUUUGUCAAAAAUUACUUUUUAAACAGAUUUUUAAAUAUAUAUUUUUUUUCUUGUGUGCCUGUUCAUUGAAGGAAAUGAAGGAAAGGGACUUUUAAGUAAAACUUUUAUGUUCAAAGGUACUUUAAAUCUCUUUCAGGGUCUCAUAAGCAGUUUCAGGUGGCUUUUAAAAGAAUCAAGUUUGCAGUAUUUUGUUGUCUGACAGAACUUUGCCCUUUCGUUUCACAGAAGAGAAAAACAGACCUCUCUGUUGAAUCUGUCUUGCCUCAGCCUGCAUUAAUCUUGCACUUUCUUUGAAAAGCCCAUGCACUGAUCUGCCUGUAGUGGCUGAAAUCCUCCAGACGUGCUUUAACAUUUAGCAAAAUUGUGAGCGUCACAAUAGGUUUGCAAUAAUAUGUGUCGUGAGGGAGCCGGCAUCUCCAAACUCCAAGCCCAUGUCUUUAUCAGUAGCAUGUAGCUCUUCCAGCCCAACCCCCAGGGAUGGGAUAUCGCACAACUCUCCAGUUUGGAGAGAGACGCCAGUCGCGCCGGCGAGCGGAUGUGCAGACGUCUCUCAGAUGAAGGUCAUGGCUAGGGCUGCUGCUGCUGGCUCUCUGAGCUGCGUGUUCCGUUUCCUUUGUGAUGUCACCGCCCACUACUGCAAGGCAAGUAGGGGUCCUCCCCACUGGAUUGCCAACCCACCACCCACCCUCGCCCAAAACGUGUCAUACAGUGAUGCCACUUGCGUUACUGUGGCGGUUACACCCAACAGCCCAGUUAAGACGGGAGGUGUUUCUACUUGAUCUGAGCUCGUACGUGUGGAUGUCUGUCACAGAGUGUGUCAGAGUUGCACACCCUACACCCCCUUAAGGGGCGGUGUGUCAGGUUAGCACAGAUGUCAGUGGGACUGUGCUUCUGAACCCAGCUCUCCUUGAAGUACUGGGGACCCUAUUGCUGGUCUGCAUUGCAGGGGAACCAGAUUCGUUCAGCCAGACUGAGCUGCAUAUGUGGCAGUGAUCCAGAUCUGACUUCCCCUGGUUAUGCUCAUUAAUAUGUUAAUUAUAUUUAUAAUUGUUUUUAUAACAAUUCAACCUUCACAGAAAUGUAUACAUGAACUGGCCGAUACCAACUGUCACCUGUGCAUGAAGUAACUAUAAUAUAAUAAUAUAAUUCUUUGUAGUAGAAUUGAGGGUGUUUUGCCACUAAAAGUCAUGGGGGGGUGUUUAAUGUGUCUGUCAUAUACGUGGACAUGGAGUGUCUGUCACGGUUCAUUAAGAUUAAGUAGUUUGAUUGCUGAGAGGCGAGACAGCUAGAAAAGCUGGACUGCUGUUUACCUCUGUUACCUCCAGCCAGUCCUGUGCCACUAAUGCAGACGUGAACAAAGAUAAACUGAGAAAACAUAUCUGCAGGAGAACAAUUAGCAGCACCCGGGGUGCAUUGUCUUGACUCUUGACAAAUUAGUGGUCAUUGGUUAAUUUCAUCAAUAAAGAUAAAAUGUCCAACCUGUGGAUUCUGAAUGUUGAAGAGAUAUGAACUGUCAAAAGAGCAAGACCAGCAUUUGAUUAACAAACUCUAUCCAGGAGUGAAGUGAAAGAAAUCUAAUGUAAAGUCAUAAAAACCUCCAAAUGUGAAGUUAAUCUAAAGUUUAAAAAACAAAGGGGCUUUAUAUGAAAACUUACCAGGGAAGCCAGCAUUAAUAACAGCAACAAGACCUGAUUUCUUGUGGCAGUUUUUUUUGUUGUUUAUUUAAAUAAUUUAAAUAGCAUCCCCUGGGCCAAAAGCCAUUCCUUUCAGCUUGUCGGCCUUUGUCAGUGCACCACUGGAAAAACCUGUUUAGCUGAGCUAGAACAAAAACCAGGAAGUACAGGGGGUGCUGUAGGACCAGGGCGGUGAUCCCUGGCAGUGGGUCACCUGGCGUCAUUGUCACACGCCCAUUUUAAUGCCCUGGUUUCAUGGCAAUGUACCGCAGAGUGGCUCCGCAGGUGCCGCGGAAAAGCUGGUAGAUCGCACUCUGAACCAAGCCAAAGGUGGCCCUGCCUUACCUGUGUACUUCAGGGGCGGCCCUCUGAAAUAAAAAGUGUGUGUCCAUUGAAAGCUGGGGCAUGGAUGCGGUCACAACCGCACACCCUCCUUGGAAAAGGGGCCUGCUGCCCCUUGCUAAUGUUUCCCAUGACGCCAUUUUUUAAUUAAAUUCAUGACAGUGCGCACACACAGAUAUGCACUGUACCCCCUGCCUCCUGUAAAAAUGUCCGCGUCUGAGCUUGCAGAACCAAGCUCUGAGGGGCAGAGCUUGGUUCGAAUUUUGGAGAGGGUUCCGGCCACAGUUGGGCAUAUUCCACUAGAACAGAGGCCUCUUGCCUACAGGGAUCUGGUAAAUGAAUGCCACAUUCUCAAACCCCGAUGCUAACUGGAUUUACAGAGACCGAAAUGUUUGGAUGAAUACGCAUGAGCCAUCGCUCCAGGCUGCAUUAGGCUUAAUGAAAGCAUGCUAACUGGCAUUAAUGCUGCAGCCCUAGUGACAGGGCGGUCUUCCACAGUCUGCAGAGGGACAGUCCGUCUGCGUCUGGAGCGGAGUCUGUGCGCCUACCGACAGGACAGCUUCGGUGGAGUCUCUUUUUUCGGGCAGAUCACCCUCUGCUGCCUGCACCCAGCACCCAAUGGAGUUCUGUCACACACGCCCGCCCUCUGUCCUGGGGCUGUUACCCACAAUCCACCUCUUUAAAGGCUAGAGCGUUAAACUGGGAGGCAGAAGGCACCUGAACUGAGAGUCUUAGGUGUGAUACCACAAUAGAUCAAACCCACAGCUUUUUGGGGCUGGGGCAUACUCAAAACACGGGACCGCUGAGUCGUUCACAUAAAAAAAAACAAAAAAACAAAAACAAAAAAAAACACAAGGACGUUUUGCAACCAGAAAAGAGGAAUUUGUAAAAGAACAUGUUGUGUACGGGCCACGCAGCAGCAGGGUUCAUUGACUGGGUCCUCCAUUGUGACUUGUGAAAGGGAACAAUUGAUUUUUCCCCUUUCUUUCGUUUCUCUCAUCUACUGGUACUUCUGUGUGUGGUGAAACAACGCUGCCAUGAUGGCUGACCCUACUUCCCCCUGGCCAGGCAUGACAAUGUGCCAAACUUCUCUCAUAAGCACUUUCGUUCAUCAAAACGGAAAUCAUUUCUCCCUUUUCUUUUUUGUCACCAGUAGUGUUUUUCCUAUUAAAAUGCAUGCAGUAUUUCUGUAUAUAAUAAAUAAAUUAAAAAAAAAAACUGAAAUAACAGUACAGUUCUGGACCAGCGGCGAGAAAUGUGACAUGUAGUGUAGAGAUUGUAUUCCUGCUCUUCUGUGUGAUAGGAGCUUAUAGCCCAGCACUCAAACCCUUUCACUCUGUAAGGUCUGUCUGCUCAGCUCUAUUCCUGGCCCUUGGUGUUGGUGUCCAAUCAUCUGUUUGGACUAUGGGGAGGAUGGGCUUGUACAGUGUUAGUUACCUACCUUACAUAGUGGUGUUAUAAAGGAAGCAGAUUUUUGGUUAUUAGAGUAUUUAUUCCAUAUGUUGUGUGUGUGUGUGUGUGUGUAUGUGUGCGUGUGUGCUUGAGUGUAUGUGUGUGUGUGUGUGUUUUUUUUAAAGCACCAUGAGGCUGUAUAUAAGCUUUGCCUUGUUAUUGCUUUCAAAGUGUACUUAUUACUAUUAUUGUUAUUGUUAUUAUUUUACACAUACUGUGCCAAUAUUGCGAAUUGUGGGUGAACCUCCAUUUCAGAGGACUCCUGCUUGGAAUACAGACUUUAGAAACAUUCACGGCUUCUACUCUGCUUUUUGUAACCCAUACCCCAACGCCCUCCCACCACUGCCAACUGGGUGCUGGGUAGGAGGGGGAUCGACUGAGAUGGAAUUGAGUGGACAUGGACAUGGUAUACCGUGACAGACCAGCACGGUCGUGUAACAGAAUAAAUGUACAUUGUAGCAAUGCUGUCUCUCUUCUAUUUGCUCUCUUUCUUUCUCUUACAUCCCUCUU